AUGAGAAAUCCAGAUGGCAAAGAAGUCAGGUAUCCAGUGCUUCUUACUCCUAAUGAGAAACAAAUGGCAAGAGAAGUUUGCAUUGCAUUUAGGCAAGGGGUCUGUGGGUUUGAUCUCUUGUGCUGUGAAAGUCGUUCAUACGUUUGUGAUGUGAAUGGAUGGAGCUUUGUCAAAAACUCCUACAAAUAUUAUGAUGAUGUUGCUUGUGUGUUGAGGAAGAUGUUUUUAGAUGCAAAAGCUCCCCAUCUUUCAACAACAAUUCCACCAAUUUUGCCUUGGAAGGUCAAUGAACCAGCUCAAACUUUUGAGGGGCUAAGACGUCAGGGAAGUGGGAUCAUUGGCUCAUUUGGUCAGGCCGAGGAGCUACGUUGUGUGAUUGCUAUUAUUCGUCAUGGUGAUAGAACUCCAAAGCAAAAGGUGAAGUUGAAGGUCACUGAGGAAAAAUUGUUGAAUAUAAUGCUAAAAUACAAUGGCGGCCAACCAAGAGCUGAGACAAAACUCAAAAGUGCAGUCCAAUUGCAGGACUUGUUAGAUGCUACAAGGAUAUUAGUACCUCGUACUAGACCUAGUCCAGGAAGUGAUAAUGAAGCAGAAGACAUUGAACAUGUGGAAAAGCUCCGUCAAGUUAAAGCAGUUCUUGAAGAGGGUGGUCAUUUUUCUGGCAUUUAUCGGAAAGUUCAACUUAAGCCACUUAAGUGGGUUAAAGCUGCAAAGGCUGAUACUGAAGAAGAACGCCCCAUAGAAGCGCUCAUGGUUCUUAAAUAUGGAGGCGUUCUUACACAUGCGGGGCAGAAGCAGGCUGAAGAACUUGGCAGGUAUUUCCGCAACAAUAUGUAUCUUGGUGAAGGUACUGGACUGCUUCGCCUCCAUAGUACAUAUCGGCAUGACCUUAAGAUUUACAGCUCUUCAAUUUGUAGAUUUGAUACCAAUUGUGUGUCCCUACGAUCAAUCUUCAAGCGUUCUUCUAUGAAUCAAUGGCAGAUUUGA